CUUCCGUGAUAUCCAUUACAACCUUCCACACCAUAUAUUAACGAACGUGUCAUAAAUUUGAAAUAAUUUAUCAUUUAAUUCAAUGUGAAUAGAAUUAUAUUUUGACCCUGAAUGUUACAUCGCGUGUCCAAAAUAUUAACUAUAUUUAGCAAUUUUUAUUCUUGUAUAAAUUGUAAAUUACUCUUCGCAGAUGUAUCAAACUCAAAAUAAAAGUUCGCAGGUACGCAGUUCUUUUCAAUAAAUUAGUUUUAAUGGACUGAAAAAUUAUCAAGCAUAAAAAUUAAGGAUUUAGCUAAUUCGAAACGCCUGAAGGCGUUGAAACAGUCACAAAAUUCCAUUCUGUAACAAAAUAACCGCGGAAGGUAGCAUGGAGGAUCGUCAACCAAAUUGGUCGCAAGACAUGCUAACUGUACAGGAAGUCGGUGAAAUGAUGCGAAGUUUUGGUAUAUGGGAUUAUGCAGUUUUCGCGUUCAUGUUGGUUGCUUGCGGCUUCGUUGGUAUUUAUUUCGGUUUUAUUAAGAAAUCAUCAGGAGAAGACGAAUACCUCGUGGGUGGUAGAAACAUGAAGACAUUCCCUGUUAGUUUGAGUCUUAUAGCCAGCUUUAUAUCGGGUAUUUCAUUAUUGGGCACACCAACGGAAGUUUACGUACACGGUGUUAGUUACCUUUGUAUUGGUUUCGGAGUAAUCAUCGUUGGUUUUGUAACGUCAGGAAUUUAUUUACCAAUUUUCCAUGAACUCAGACUUACAAGCACCUACGAAUAUCUCGAAAAACGUUUCGAUAGGAAAAUCAGAACAUUAGGAUCAGUACUUUUCUUGAUCGGCAUCAUGACAUGGCUUCCUAUUGUUAUUUACGUACCAGCGUUGGCUUUUAAUCAAGUUACUGGAGUGAAUGUACAUGUAGUCACUCCAUUCGUAUGUAUCGUGUGCAUUUUUUACACUUGUGUGGGUGGUUUACGAGCAGUAGUAUGGACCGAUUUUAUUCAGACCUUCAUAAUGUUUGGCUCUAUGAUAUUAAUCGUCGUUAAGGGAACAUCCGAUGUAGGUGGAUUUUCAGUAGUAAUAGGAAGAAAUCUAGAAUCUGGAAGACUUGAAUUACCCACGGCAGAUUGGAGUCCUCUUACGAGGCAUACGAUUUGGUCUCUCGUCGUUGGUGGUUUCUUUCAUUGGUUGCAAGUAUCCGUUAUCAAUCAGAACAUGAUACAAAGAUAUCUUGCAUUGCCCACGUUAAAAUCAGCUAGAAGAGCGCUUUGGACUUUUAUAGUUGGAGUCUUGAUUUUAAUAGGAAUAUGCGGAUACGCGGGAAUGUUAAUAUAUGCCUGGUACCAUGUAUGCGAUCCACUUACAACAAAGUUAGCAGGUGCGAAGGAUCAGUUGUUACCAUUGCUUGUUAUGAACAUAUUAAAUGAAUUUCCGGGUCUUCCGGGUCUCUUUGUCGCUGGAGUAUUUAGCGCAGCAUUGAGUUCUUUAUCUACCGGUUUGAAUUCGAUGGCUGCAGUGGUGUUAGAAGAUUUUGUUAAACCCUUUAGGAAAACGCCCAUCUCGCCAAAAGCUGCAGAUAUUUUAUUAAAACUCACGGUAGUUGUUCUUGGGGCAACCUGUGUGGCGUUAGUAUUUGUCGUCGAAAAAACAGGAUCUCACGUAUUGCAGCUAUCUAUGAACUUGUCCUCCAUUACCAGUGGACCGUCUCUUGGAAUUUUUAGCAUGGGUAUUUUAUUGCCCUGGGUAAAUGCCAAGGGUGCUCUGAUAGGUGGUCUUUCUGGUUUGGGUUUUAUGGGUUGGAUUAGUCUUUCGGCAGAAGCAGCGAUUGCUAGUGGAAGAAUAAAAUUCGACGAAAAACCAGUCAGCACGGAAGGAUGUUACUAUUCGUUUCCUCAAGUAGAAAACUUAAUGUUACUCGAGCCUCCAGACACGAUUUUGGAUGGUGACGAAUUUCUUCCGGAACCUCUAGCGUUAUAUCGUCUCAGUUAUCUCUGGUACACCGUUACCGGUGCCUUAGUGACGAUGACCAUCGGACUAGUUGUGAGCCUGAUCUCGUCCGAAAAAGUUGAAAAAUUGGAUCCAAUGUUACUGGCCCCGUUUAUAAGAAGAUUAUUGAAACUAUCGGGCAAAGAACCUCAUCAGGAGGUCGAGAAUUUAGAAGUACACAGUUUGGAAAUACGUAGAACCGGGGAGGAGAACGCAGCUGAAAGCGUAUCACAUUAGUAUGACCUUGACUUGAUGAUUAUGAUCCAUGCUGAUCGAAUCAGGGGUCGGCAAACUGUACGAGAUGAAGUGUUUGGUUGACAGGCUGAAAUAUCAAAUUAAGAGGAUUGAGUCUAAAAUAAGUUAGGUCAAUGGAGAAAAUAAAGUACAAAAUGACUCGAGUUAGAGUCUGGAUGAGUUGAAAUACCGAGGCAAGAGAGAGACGGACUUAUUCAUAUAAUUCUUAGUCACACGAAAGUGUUAAAAGUCGUCUGACAGCGGAGUAUGACACACGAAUAAAACUUGCAUACAUUUUUUACACUUACUCACAGAUAUAGUGUAUUUCGUACGUAUAUUUCAACAUUAACGGAAAUGCACAAAGAUAAUAUAUACGUUAUUAUUCUAAUGUUA